GUAACACUGCAGGCCAUUACUGUCGUAUAAACAAUAAGUAAAAAGUGCCAGAUUUCCUCUACUUACAACGUGUUCUUCCAAUUUUCAAUUUAGUGAAAGCGUAUACGAAAGGUAUUGUCGCUGUCUGUCGUGUAAAUUAUAACAUCAGCGAUUCCGCAUUGCAGAUGGAAUGAACGAGAAUACUUGAGUGCAGAAGUACAGAGAAAACUAUAAUCUCACAAAGUUACAACUCAAUCAAGAGUCUCUGGUUCGAAGCUUCCAUCAUGUAUCACUCCUUGUUAACCAACUUGAUUGUUGACGUCGAGGUGUACGAGCAGUUGGUAAGGAUGACAGACUUUCAGUCCCGCAUCAUCUUUAUACUUCGAGCACUGGAAAAGCACCUUCCUUUUCCGUGUGCCUACACUGGUAAGAACAACGAUGAGUCCGUGAAACUCAGAAACGAGGCUGAAGCUUUGACGUCACCAAAUAACGAUUUGUCAGUCUUGCUCAAUGCCAGGAAGUUGUAUUCUCAAAGCGUUGCCUUGGCAGAGCAGUCCUCUGAUGCUAUGAUACGAGCUUACGCUAACAGGUCCUGUGUUCUGUAUUAUCUGUCCAAGUUCGAGGAAUGCAUCAGAGACAUUGACAGAGCUUUGAAGGGCAACUAUCCUGAUAAACUUAGGCCAAAUUUGCUUAUAAGGAAAGCCAAAUGCCUCAAGAUAUUGGGUCGUGAGGAAGAUUUCAACGAGGUGUACAAAGAGAUAAGUAGUCUGUUAAGACGUUUGGAUAUCAGUGAUGAAGUGAAAGAGAUUUUGGAAAUGAGAAUCAACUCUACAGUCAACAAGAUCGAUGAGUUGCUCAAACUCAAGGACACUUCUGUCAAACCGCCCAGCUUCGUGCCACACAUAUAUAUUCCAUCUGCCUCAGAAGUUCUUGAUUUGAAAUUUAAUGAAAAAUUUGGUCGUCAUUAUGUUGCUACUCGUGAUAUUAAGCCCGGAGAGUGUCUCAUUGCUGAAAAAACAUAUGCUAUGAUUAUUAAUCCAUCCAAUAUUUACACUCACUGUUCGCAUUGUCUUAUGAAAGCCUGGGAUAGUAUACCUUGUGAACAUUGCAUUUAUGCUAUGUAUUGCUCCACGAAAUGCAAGGAUGAUGCUUGGAAGCAGUACCAUGACAUCGAGUGCCCUGUGAAAGGAUACCUUUUUGCCGCGGAGACUCGUCAGACAGACAUAUUUUCCUUGAAACUAACUCUUUUAGCUGUCAGAGAAUUUGGAAGUAUUGAGAAUCUUAGAAGAGAAUUCAAUAAAAUCGACAAUUGCAAAGAUAAUCUUAAUAAAAGUUUUUCUGAUGAUGGAAUUUAUCAUAAUGAUCAAUACAGGCCAUUGUACAGUCUUAUGACACAUGAAAAGAAUAGGGAUCCAGAAGACAUUCUGAUAAUAUCAUUGAAUUCAGCUGUAGUUUUGUUUUAUGUCCAUAUAUACACAAAUUUUUUUAGUCAUUCAAAUAAAAGCGUAUCAGCUCUAUGCGAAAAUGCAGAUGCCUUGUUCUUUGGGCAACAGAUCGCUCAAAAUUGUAUGAAAAUCCAACAAAACGGACAUCAGAUAUCCGAACUACAUUCAUGCGAUUUAGUUGAGUAUGGUCGAGUUGUCGGUUCUGUUAUCAGCAUUUUAAACCAUAGUUGUGACCCAAACGCAACUAGAUGUCCAGUUGUUAUAGAUAAUGUUAUACACCAAGCAAUAUUUGCAUUGCAACCAAUUCCGAAAGGAUCUCAGGUACUGGAUAACUAUGGAUGUCACUAUGAUUAUGUUUCUAAAGUAGAAAGAGAUGAAAUAUUGAGUCGGUAUUUUUUCAAAUGUUAUUGCCAAGCAUGUGAUGAAAAUUGGCCUUUAAAAGAAUUCCUACCACCGAUACAUUCGUUUAUCACCAACAAGAAGGAUGCAAAUGAAAUCGAAAAGUUAUUGAAAAACUGUCAAGAGUGGAGAAAGAAAUACCAUCAGUACACAACUUCUAGAAAUUUUGAUGUAAAUCUAGUAAGUAAUUUCAAAGUUAUAAUUCAAGCAAUAACUAAAAUAUAUAAAACGACGCCACGUCGCCCUAGCCGUGAGUAUGCUGACUUACUCGAUUCGUUACGGUACGCCUUGCAAACGUGUCACAUACCUCAGUUUGAACAGUAGUGAAGUUUGAUUAAUCAAUACAUUUUGGACACUUAUUUGUAAUUACUUGGAAAAAUUAAUACUGAAAAUUACUAAACCGUCUGUUAUUUGUUAUGUCAAAUAGUGUAUAAAGUUCUACAAACCCGGACUUUGUCAUCAAACCAUUUUUAAUAUUUUAUACAUUACGUUAAUUACCAUCCUUUUUUUCUCCCCAUCAAUAACGAUUGUAAGAUUAUCGAAACAAUCUGUACUGACUGAAGAGGACGAGACGUUUAACCUGCAGCUAUAUUUAAUGUGUAUAUAAUGUGUAUC